CUCUUUUAUGUUUCCCACUUAAAUAAUUAAAAACCCACUGAUGCAUUGAAAAAAAAUACACGAUAAAGAGUGUGAAUUAAAAAAAACUAAAGUCCAUACCUGGUUGAUUAACGGGUUGAUUACUUCAUAGGUGACGAAUUGAAUAAUGGCUUAAGGUUAAAACAUGAAUGGGUCUUGAAAAGUUGAAAGGAGAAAGAUUGAAUUUGAUUAGUCUCGUUGAAAGUUCAACAGGGAAGAUUGAAUUUCCUACCUCUCAUAGAUUUUGUUAUUGAAUGAAAAUUAGGGGAGCGAAGAAAUCAACCUUGAACAAAAGUAUAGACGUAAAAAAAUGGCGAAACCAUUCACUCCUACAAUGGAAAAUCGCACCGAUUUCGAAUCAGUUCGUCAAUUUCUCCCACCAUUAACAACCCAACCAUCUGGCCAUCUAGCAUGGCCAAAUCACAAACUCAUUGAUACUCUGAAAUUAAUCUCUCAAGGACCGAGUCAAAGCCAAGUCAACUCGGGUGCACGACUAUUCAGUACAAUUUCAAGACUCAGGGAUUGUCUUCCUUUCUCCUCUGAUCAAGAUCGUUUGGCGACAUCAACUGGUAAUGGGUUCGCGCGAUUCUUUGAUGAGUUGUUGCCCAAGGAGAAAACCAUUAAAUGGUUUGGUGAAAUUGUACCUGUAAUGGCUGAUUUUAUAUUAAGAUUGCCUUCACUUCUCGAAAUGCAUUAUCAAAAUUGCGAUGAUAUUGUUCCAGGAGUUUCUACUGGUCUUCGAUUGUUGGAGCCACAACAACCAGGCAUUGUUUUUCUCAGUCAGGAGCUUAUUGCUGCUCUGCUGUCAUGUUCAUUCUUCUGCUUGUUUCCGGCAGUGAUUGUUAAUAGAUACGCCAAUCUUAUGCAGGCGAUUAACAUGGAUCGAAUAUUUGCGAGUGUUCAUGACAGGUUCCAUGAACAAGAAAACAAAAUCGAGUGCAUUAUGCAUUACUUUGAGAGAGUAUGUUCAUCAACCCCUUUGAACUUUGUUUCAUUUGAACGGAAAGUUCUUUCGCUGGAGCAAAAUCCAUCUGUUGUUGCCCUUCCACCUCCUAAAUUCUGGGCCAACUCUGUGGUUCCCCUCUGCAAAUUUAAGGUUUAUUUUACGGGUAUGAUAGAGGACCAUCCUGCAGGGUCUCUUGAAGUUGAUUUUGCAGACGAGUACAUAGGAGGACUUACUUUGACUGAUGGAUGUCUUCAGGAAGAAAUUCUCUUCGUGAUAAAGCCAGAACUAAUUGCUGCCAUGCUUUUCUUGCCGUCCAUGUCAGAAAAUGAGGCAAUAGAAAUGGUUGGUGCUGAAAGGUUCUCAAAUUAUAAAGGGUAUGAUGCUAAAUUUCAAUUCGAUGGGGAUCACGUGGACAAUAAGGAAAUAGAUCCAAUGGGAAGACGUGUGUCAAGAGUUAUUGCAAUUGAUGCAUUGCGCUUGGGCUGGGCAGGAGCUAGACAGUAUAAGCAUGAAAAUCUUCUGAGGGAGGUUAACAAAGCAUUCUGUGGGUUCCUGGAUCAUUCCAAAUAUCAGCAGAAGCAGGUGCCUGAUAGUGAUGUCGGGAUUGUCACCGGAAACUGGGGAUGUGGUGUUUUCGGUGGAGAUCCUGAAAUUAAGUCAAUCAUACAGUGGGUCGCUGCAUCUCAGGCAUCAAGAUCUUUUCUGUCAUACUAUACAUUUGAACUGGGGAAAUUGCGAAACUUGGACCAGGUGGUAGAAUGGAUCGAGUCCCAGAAAUGGAAUGUUGGAGAAGUAUGGAACAUGUUAUCUGGUUAUUGUACCAAACGGGCAAAUGGAGAAACAAAGCUUGGCUUCUUUUCUUUUCUUAUCCCUUCUCUACAACAAAGCUAUUGAUACCGGUUCCAAUCCUACAGACUGGGGAUUUCUAGCCCAAUCUAUCAUUCAUCACAUCCGACAUCUGUUGCAUAAUGAUGUUCUAAUUUCUAUUUUUUAUGUUUGUCAAAAUACAAACUUUUAUAUAAGACAGUCUUACACAAAA